AUACAGACAGCAGCAUACAAACAGCAGCAGUGAUACAGGCAGCAGUAUACAGACAGCAGCACACGACAGCAUACAGGCAGCAACGCCUGUCAUCAGAGUGCACACGGAGGGGGAAGAGUCGUGGGUGGAGGUCGCGCUUUUUAAAAGGCGGCGGUGGAGCGAGAGCCGUGUGGGUGGUUGUGUGGCACGGGGAGGCGGUGACAGCAGGUGACCAGGGGCAGCGGGAGAUUGGAAGAAGAAGCAGCAGGAGCAGCAGCUACAGGCAUCGGGCAAGCUACGGCAGCAAAGCCGCAGCAAUCGGCAGCAGGCUGCAAAGCGGCGGUCAUUUAAAACAGCAGGCGACGUACGGGGCGAGUGUAAGAAGCUAACCAGGUGGUCGAGAAGAAGAUUUGCGAGGCGACAAACUCUACGGACGGCUCACGAGCAAGAGAAGCAGAAGCAGGACGAACGGAGAAAGUCGAGGAGCAAGCGACAAACGUCGUCGAAGUCGGCGGGGCUUCUUACAGAGCCGUCUCAAGCCUGCGGCGGCGGAUUGACUGACUGUGGUCGGACGACGGACGGGAACUUCAGCUGGACUGAACGGAACCUACGCAGGCGGCGAGCUGCAGGUGGACACGCGAGGCCGUGGGGCGAUGAACGGCUUCAGCACGGAGGAGGACAGCCGCGACGGGCCCUUGGGCCAGACAUGUUGCCUCAUCGACGACGGAGAGCGGUGCGGGCGACCGGCGGGCAACGCGAGCUUCAGCAAGAGGAUCCAGAAGAGCAUCUCGCAAAAGAAGCUCAAGCUGGACAUUGACCGCAGCGUAAGUCUUGUGCGGCACUUGUACAUCUGCGACUUCCACAAGAACUUCAUCCAGAGCGUGCGCAACAAGAGGAAGCGCAAAGGCAGUGAUGACGAAGGAGGAGACUCGCCCGACCAUGAUCUGGAGUCACCCGAGGUGGAUUUGUUUCAGCUGCAGGUGAACACUCUGAGGCGGUACAAGCGGCACUACAAACUGCAGACAAGGCCAGGCCUCAACAAGGCACAGCUCGCGGAGACAAUCAGCCGCCACUUCCGGACCAUACCUGUGAGCGAGAAGGACACGCUCACCUACUUCAUUUAUAUGGUCAAGAACAACAAGAGCAAGCUGGACCAGAAGCCGGAAACGGUCACCGGAUAGAGGUCCCCUCUCUCCGCCCCCAUCAAAGGGUAGUCCCACCCGAACCCCGAGUCCGCUCGCCCACACGCACAUACACCGAGCCUCGCGCACACGCACCGACCGACCGCACGGAAACACGAGGCAACUGCAGCCCUGUGUACUCUCCUUCCAUUUUCCUACUUCACACCACGGGGGUUGCGAGUGCCACGAGUGCCAUGAGUGCGGAGGUCACGCACGUGGGUUCCCGCUUAUUGCUCCGUGAACGUGGAGUCAACCUCCACCAAUGACUCACGCGGCGUUGGCAACGCCAUAAGUGUGGCCAGUGCUCAUACUGAGAUCGCCAAUUAAUGGAGAGGUCAUUUUUUUUUAUUGGAGAUUGGGGUGGGGGGCGAUCAGGGACUCGGCUGAACAUGGUGCAUGUUGAGGCCAUGUACAGUAUCUCUCAUGUGCCGAGUUUGCUGCUCCCAUCGUUUCCCAUUGAUCAGUUUUUUUUGUGAACGUAAGACACCUUAAGCUGUCAGCGGGUUGACGAAACGUGGUUGUUACUUUUUUAAGUCUCUCCAAUCCCUUGCACUCGGCGUGCAGUCGGCAAAGACGCUGAGGCACGAGGAUGCCUUGGUUGGGAUUGGCCCCAGCACGUUGUUGACUCGCCGGUCCGAGUUGAGCGCUUUCCUACUCGGCACUUGGCGCUUCUAGGCGUCCCUUUUGGCAAUCUGGCACCAACGGUUGUCAGUGUUGGCCACAUUCAGAGAUGCGAAAAUAAAUGAAUGCCGACCCCCAGUGAAGGCUUUGGAAAAAUGCAUCCUGGCAGCAAAAAUACGAAUCCCAGCAAAGUCUGCGUUUGGCUCCCAACAAAUUAAGAUUGAGGAGCUUAACGUGUAUUGUGCCGUAGGAUUUAUCGCAUUUGCUCAUGAAGCUUGCCGAUUGGCGAGUUCCGAAAAAUGCAUCUUUGCGUGAGAACUAGUCAAGACACUGACACGAGAGAGAGCCUGCGUAUGCACGGGCUUAAAGAGCAAACUCACUUUUUCCACCAAUCACAAGGCCUCGAUGACCGAGUAAUAUCAUACUCUUUUAAGAUUUUAAACAUUUCCUGUUUUUUUUUACGCCCGGUUUAAAAGGAUGUGGCUCUUUCUCGGGCCUGUUAAUGACCCGACCCCCCUCCCUGCUCUUUUGACCAUUGGGGGGGGGUGGUCAUCUCAUUUUAAAAGCUCGUAUAUUUAGUCAAGUGGUAUAAAUUCCAUGUUCCUGCGGUGUGGUGGCGUUUUAUGGUGUAUCUCGGCGUCACCGAAAAUCCUCCUCGCCGUUUGUCGCGUGCGAAGGCUGAAAGACAACACGCUGCCAGGAUGCGUUUUGCUGUGUUUCUGGGUGCUAUUGUUGGCGGACGGAAAUAACAGGUGGGCUGUCCGAGCCGUACGUUUUUCUGCUCGUCCACCAAAAACACAAGCACUGGAGAUGAAGAGGUCGACAGGUUUCGUGUGGUUUUUAACUGCCAAACUGAAAGCCUUUACUGGAUACAAAUGUAAUUGAAGUGUAGGGUUAUAAAAAAAAAAGCGACAUUAAUUUUUUUUUAGUUUUUUUUACGUGAUGAAAGAGAAAAUGUAAUAAAUUAAUUUAGUAAGAAAAAGCAAGGUAAACAGGAAAAAAAACUUUCGCAGAUGUAAAGUGUAAGUGUCGAGCUUUAUAUGAACGUUACGUGCAUUUGACCCAUAUUUAAUUUGCGGUUUGCGCCUUGACCGCUCUCGUUGGCCAGCAUCACGUUUGCAGAGCCAUCGAGAGUCGUCACUUAACCACAGAUUUUUUUUUUUACGUGUUCACCAAAGCUUUUAUUGAAAAAAAAUGACGUGUACAUUUGCUUCCCAACUACAAAAUAAAGACAAGUUUUAAA